AUGCUAGAAGUGAAUUCUCAACUAAAAGAGAUUUUGAAAUUUGGAAACUUGAAUCAAGCUCGGAAGUUGUUCGAUGAAAUUCCUCACAAAAAUGAAAUCUCAUGGACAACCAUGAUUUCCGGUUAUGUAAACGCGUCUGACUCAUCUGAGGCAUUGUCUUUGUUUUCCAAAAUGUGGGUCGACCAGUGCCUCAAAAUGGACCCCUUCAUACUUAGCCUUGUACUCAAGGCAUGUGGGCUAAAUAUGAAUGUGAAAUAUGGGGAAAUGUUACAUGGGUUUUCAGUGAAAACUGGUUUUUUAAACUCUGUUUUUGUGGGGAGUGCGAUUCUUGAUAUGUAUAUGAAGAAUGGGAGGGUUUGGGAGGGUUGUGGAAUGUUUGAUGAGAUGCCAUUAAGGAAUGUUGUUUCUUGGACUGCCAUUAUUACGGGGCUUGUUCGUGCCGGUUUUAACAAGGAGGGAUUGAUCUAUUUCGCUGAAAUGUGGAGAGACGGUGUUGAAUAUGAUUCAUAUACUUUAGCCAUUGCUUUGAAGGCUUGUGCUGAUAUGAGAUAUUUGAAGUAUGGGAAGGAAAUUCACGCUCGAGCUAUGAAGAAUGGAGUAGAUGUGACAUCAUAUGUGGCCAAUAGUCUUGCUACCAUGUACAACAAGUGUGAGAGAUUGCAAUGUGGUUUGUUCUUAUUUAAAAGCAUGAAUAAGCGGGAUGUGGUUUCAUGGACGACUAUAAUUACAUCAUACAUCCAGAUGGGCCAAGAGAAGCAGGGAAUUGAUGCAUUUCUACAGAUGAGAGAUUCAAAUGUAUCUCCUAAUGAGUAUACUUAUGCAGCAGUCAUUUCCGGUGUUGCCAAUAUUUCAAGACUUGAUUGGGGACAACAGUUACAUGCACAUGUUUUGCACAUAGGAGGUUUUGCAGAGAAGGUUUUUGAGCUUCUAUCAUGGAUGAGGAGAGGAGGACCAAACCCCACAGAGUUUGCUCUUUCUAGCGGGUUGAGUGUAUGUGGAAGUAUGGCAAUUCUUGAUCAGGAUGCAUCAGGCUUGUCCAUCCACCUCCCUUUUCUUCUAAUUCGAAUUAAAAUUACCUUGGCAACCCUUGCCCCAGGAGCGGGGCGUGUCGUUCAAGAGACCUUAACAGAGAUUCUAUCAAAGGCCACUCUAACUGCUGUGGAGUGGGUCCAAAUGCCUAGGAUGAAGCCUGGUCUGGAUUCCAUAGAAAUCAUUACUAUUUCUCAUUGUUGCACUGGCAUAGCAUCACGUGUGCGCCCUUGUGGCUCUAGAACCUACAAGAAGUUUGAUGCAUUGUUUUGGUGUGGUUUCUGGUUGCCGCUAAUGGCUAUUUUGUCUUUGCAUCAUGAUGCUGCAUGUCGUAUUAUUCCAAAGCUAAAGAAGGAAAGGGAUGAGGUGGUGGCAUUGCUAGCACAGGCAGAAAGACAGAUACCCAUGUCAGUAGCAGCACCAAAUGCAGUUAAUAAUGCUGCCUUAAGCAAUGGGAAAAGAGCUGCUGAGGAUGAUGAGAUGGGUCCUGAUGAGAAAAACAUAUGUCCUGGAAUAUCAAUUAAUAUAAUUUCUGAGCUUUCAGACUAUAAUGUUGCUCUUUUUCAUCUAAGGAAAAAGCAACAGGUCAUACCUUUAGUGAUGUAG